UGUUCUCUUCUCAACAACUGCCUAGCUGGCUGAGAGGAAUGUGGUGAACAACCAAGUCCUCACAAAACAAACAAAAGAAGACAUAAAUUUGAACCCCUUUGCUUAAAUUAACUAACAUUGCAGAUGUGUUGUUGGUUUAGGAACAUAAACCAGUUUAUUAGUUGAUGACAACAAACUGUGUCAAAAUUUUCUGUUGGAUUGAUAACAUUGACAAUGAUUCCAAAAACCAUCAUUCAUCAUUUUGAAGUGUUCAUUUUUUACUGGAUAUUUCUACUCUGCAACAGCUGUUCCGCUAAGUUUGAAUCCAAGAACAAGGUUGUUUUGGGUCCCCAGCCACAGACCGUUGAGGAGCGAGGUUUGGUGAAGGAGAGCAUCAAGUGGAAGGAAGUGGUGGAGAAUCAUGGCAGUUACUACAGUGGGCAAACUGUCAGCAACUUCACUACACUAGCAUAUGUGACUCCUUGGAACAACCACGGCUAUGACGUAGCUAAGCUACAAGGACAUCGCUUCAGUUUUAUCUCGCCAGUGUGGCUGCAGCUGCGCCGCUCGCCGGACACUGGUGGUGGUGGCUGGUCCAUCACUGGCUUGCACGAUGUUGACAAGGGUUGGAUGAGAGAUGUAAAGAAGAAUAGUGGCGCAAAACCAACUAAAAUUGUACCUCGAAUAAUUUUUGAAGGCUGGAACAAUGCUCAGUUCCAAGUUCUUGUGGAUGAUCGCAACCUGCGGCUUCACUUGGCUUCUGACCUCAUAUCUGCCAUUAAGUCGCAGGGUUUUGAUGGCUUGGUGCUGGAAGUGUGGAGUCAGCUGCCCGCCAGAGCUCUGCUCGCUACCAUGCCGGCCGUGUUGGCCGACCUAAGCUCCUCCAUCCGAGAUGCUGGCUACGUGUCCAUCCUGGUCAUACCUCCUGCACUCUACCAGGGGGACGCGCCUGGCAUAUUCCAGCGCGCACAGUUCCAGGCCCUGGCUCCCCACUUUGACUUCUUCUCGCUCAUGACUUACGAUUACUCCAGCUUCCAGAACCCUGGUCCCAACAGCCCAUUGUCGUGGAUGCAGAAGUGCGUCGAGCUGAUCGAGCCUGACGCUGCAUCCAGUAACCGAAAGAAGAUAUUACUGGGCCUGAACUUAUACGGUCUGGACCACAGCGUGACGGGCGGCAACCACGUACUGGGCUCUCAGGUCGUUCAGAUCCUUGCCGAACACAAGCCCAAGAUUAAGUUUGACGAUCGCUCCGUCGAGCAUUUCUUUGAGUACAAGACAAAAGGUGGGCGGCGCACGGUGUUCUACCCCACGCUGUUCUCCCUGCAGCGCCGCCUGCAGCUCGCCGCUGCGCUCGGCACCGGCCUCUCUCUCUGGGAGGUCGGCCAGGGCCUUGACUACUUCUACGACCUCAUGUGAACGCCGGGGUCUUGACGACUUCUACGACCUCAUGUGAACGCCGGGGCCUUGACUACUUCUACGACCUCAUGUGAACGCCGGGGUCUUGACUACUUCUACGACCUCAUGUGAACGUCGGGGUCUUGACUACUUCUACGACCUCAUGUGAACGCCGGGGCCUCGACUACUUCUACGACCUCAUGUGAAUGUUAGGGCAAUGAAUUGACUCGUUCUAGUUCUACAGUUGGUUGGAGGUUUCCUUAGGACAUCGGAUUGUUCGACUAGUCAAGUUUUCGGCUGUGUUUGUGGCCCCUGGCCCUUAUAGAUGACCACCCCGACCGUAACUUUACAAUAUUUAUAGACUCCAAAAGUGUAGUGCAGGCCCUGUCAACCUACAACAGCAAACAUCCUAUCAUCUUGGAAAUUCUGGCCUGGCUUUUGCGUCUGGUGGAGGCGGGAAAAACGAAAAGCAUCUGCUGGGUCCCGGGACACGUGGGGGUGCGGGGAAACGACAGGGCGGAUGAGGCGGCGGCGGGCGCUGCUUCGUCGGACGUUGCCAUUUAUAGGGAGGACGUCCCAUGUCACGACCACUACCCCCGCAUCAGGACCAGCGUUCACCAUAUAUGGCGCGAGCUGUGGCUGAACACGAGAAACAAUAAACUGAGAACAAUCAAGGACAGUGUAUCAGCAUGGAGCUCAUCGUACCAGAGAUCCCGACAAAUGGAGAUAGCGCUGUGUAGACUGAGGAUUGGCCAUACGCGCCUCACUCACGGCUACUUGAUUGAACGGCGCCCUAUACCAUAUUGUGACGACUGCCUGAUGCCCCUGACAGUUCUGCAUGUUUUGGCGGAGUGCCCUAGCCACAAAGACAUCCGACAAAACUGCUACCCCAACACAUCCGCCCUCGAUCAUGACGAGAUGCUCACCAGAAUGCUGCGGGAGGACCGGCGAAGUAACUUCGAAACCGAUAACCUUAGACGAUACCUGAUGGAAUGCAACCUGCUGCCAGAGAUUUAGCAUGGCCCCGUAACGCCACCGCCGGUCGGUCAUAUGCACUUGCACCACCGCCUUUAGCGAGACUAUAAUCGCACCUUGCCAUCACCUAGACCAAUCCUCACUAAACUUUCGCUGGAGUUGAUACAUGAAGUUGGAGCGGACCCUCGCUCCAUGAGCAGGGAUUCUACCGCCCAGCCCCUGCGCCUAAAAUGGAUCAGGCUAUAAGCCUUGAAGACGGAAGAAACCAGACAUCUUUGACGUAGCUGCAGACCUCACCUCCGGCGCGAAAUAGAUAGCUAUCUGAAGCGCUAGUAAAUCUUUUAUUACUACUACUACUGUGUUUGUGGACGUUCUCCGAUCAUUUGUAUCUGAAGUACUACUGUGAGUUGUGCGAUCUUCGGUCUCUGUAUAGUCUAGUUUUUAUCUCUGUAUUGAGUUUCUGGUGCGGAACCAUGCAAUAUUGAUCGCGAAACAUGACCUCUGUAGUUCUAUCUUGGGAUUUGUGUGAGUGCUUUGUCUUGUGCAGCAUAGAUAUCGUACAGGAGAUAUGCGGUGUGCUGGUCCAACCUUUGAUAUGAUGUGAUAUCACUACUCCGUGAUUUUUCGUUGUGUUUUCCUCCUCUGGUACUUAUGUGUGUGAUUCUGGUUUUCUUAGAAAAGUUAGAUAAAGUAUUAUUUAUUUAUUAUUUCAUUGUUUAUUAUGUUUUUGUAUGAUUAUAUUAGUUUUCAUACAAGUUGUGUGUUCCUCAAUCUAUAAAUUUUAUGAUACACAAAUAAAAGUUUUCUCUAUGA